UAUCAAUAAUGGAAUUAUAAGGGGAAAUUUCACCACAAAUGCAUACAGUUGAACUAAACCGGUUGAUUGGCCUCCGAUUCCAGUUCUAGUUAUCCAAUGGCAGCUCUUUCCAUCUAUCGUCUGGCUCUCCUCUAUUGAGAACCCCGAUUCACGAGCAGGACUCUAUCAAGCCAAAAAGAGGUUGAUCCACUUCAUUCGCUUGGCGAAUGAUCUUCGCUUCGCGGGAACAACAAAAACCACCAUCUCGCUCUUUCCUUUCUUCGGUGCUACCUUUUAUUCAGUCUUUGAGACCCGGAGAAGUAGGGGGCGGCUCAGAGGUAGCGAGACUGACCGCAAUUGCAGGAAUCGGUUCUACUCUCUUUCAUUUUUUUGUUGGAAAGUACUUGCCGUUUUAUUUUUUUAUUUUUAUUUUUUUUUGAUUUUUUUUUUAAAAAUGUGGAUAAACCACAUAUAUUAAUAAAAAAAGAACCACAAGAUACAACGAACCUUCCACUAGCAGUGAAAACAAAACAAAACAAAGCUAACAAAGGAGGAAUAACGGGUCUCCUCCUGACCCACAUAGUACAGAAAAGCUACUCCUUGCCGUUUUAUUUCUAUAAAUUAGUAGUUUAUUUAUUUUUAUAUAAUAAUAAUAAUAACUUCAUCAUUUUACUUAUUUUAAAUUCAUUGCUUUCAACCUGGCAUCUACAAAGACAAUAAGUGUUGUCCAUAAAAUAGUUAUGAAAAUUGUCCUAUAGUUUUUUCUUUCUGUCUUUGUUUUUAUCUUUUUUGAGCUUCAUGUUUUUUCCAAAAAAAAUAAAAAGUUAUGAAAAGACAAACGAAUACGAUGGUGCAUACAUUACAGUAGUUUAUCUAUGUCUAGAGAUUUAUUAACUCUGCUUAAAGUUAAAUAGGUGAUCAAAAUCAUAUUAUCAUAUAUAUAUAUAUAUAUAUACACACACGGCAAGAGAAUUUUCAAUAACUUAAUCAAAUUUAUAAAUUCCCUGUGCUAUUAUGGUUCAAUUAUGGAGUGGAGAGAAACCAUAUCCUCCAUGCACGGUACUCCACUAGGUAGUGAUUGUUGUGACCAAAUUUUUUUUAAAAAAAAAUUAAAUAUAUACACAUGGACAAAGACUACCAUUCUCUUGACGUGAGUUGCUGCAUUGUUUGCUGGUAAGCCUAUAUAUACAUACAUAUAGUUAAUGAUCAGUCUAACAGUCUCACAACUCAACUUAUUCAUCUCAUCUCUCUGUGUUACAGCAACCACCACCAUGAUAAGUUCAGAUCACCGGAGUGACUCCUCCACUUCCUCCUUCCUCUUUUCCAUCCCAUCAUGCUUCUUCUUCUUCUUCUUCAUUAUACUAGUGCUAUUAUCCUUAUCAAGCCCCUCCUCAUCAGCUAAUGCACUCAGCUCCCAUUCACAACAAUGCCUGGACCUUCUCAACCUCAAGAAAGGUUUCAUCAUGCUCAACGAAAGCUACGCCAACUACUUUUCUAUAACAAGUUCAAUCCCGCACUGGCGCGCUGGUACAGACUGUUGCCGAUGGGAGGGAGUCAGCUGUGACGAAGCAUCCGGUCUUGUUGUCUCUCUCGACCUCAGCGACAGGUUAAUUGGAGGUGACAUUAUUCCAUCUCUUUUCAACCUCACCUCCCUCCAAAGACUCAAUCUCGCAUUCAAUAUUUUUCAACCAGAGCGCUGUCCUGCAUUCGGAUUUGGAAAAAAACUGGCUAAUCUCACACAUCUCAACGUUUCUAUUCCGGACUGCUGUGGUGCCAAGCUAUCUCUGACUCUGUUCCCCGGACUUCAACUUCUCAGCUUACAAGAAUCUUCACUCUCGGGACCGAUUGACAGCUCACUGUCCAAGCUUCAGAACUUAUCAAUACUUCGUCUUGAUUUUAACAAUCUUUCGUCCCAUGUGCCGGACUUCUUUGCAAACUUUUCUUCUUUGACUGUGCUUAGUCUCAGUGGCUGUGGGCUCAAAGGUUUGUUUCCAACUAGCAUGUUUGAACUCUUGAACUUGAAGACACUUUAUCUUUCAUAUAAUGAGAUGCUAGAAGGGGUUUUCCCAGAAUUCCCAUUAAAUAGCUCUUUGGAGAUAUUGAUUAUUUCUAGUACGAAUUUCUCUGGGAGUCUGCCAAAUUCUUUGGGAAACUUGGAAUCCUUGAUAUCCUUGGAUCUUCGUCAUUGUAAUUUCUCAGGGUCAAUACCUUGGUCAAUUGGGAAUCUCAGUGAAUUGGUUUAUUUAGACCUCUCCUAUAAUCAUCUCUCCGGGCACUUACCACCGAUGCUUGCUGGUUCAAAAAUUUCAACCAUUGAUCUUUCUUCUAAUUACUUUAUUGGGCAGAUCCCAAGCACUCUCGGUCAUGCACAUCACCUUAUAUCACUUCAUCUUGAAGACAACUUAUUGACUGGAUCUAUCCCCAUGUCUUUGUUCACACUCAAAAAAUUAGAGAAGUUGUCUCUAGUUGACAACAAGCUCUCUGGUCAACUGCAAGAAUUCACAAAUGCAUCUUCAACAUUGCAAUAUGUUGGUCUGUGGGGCAAUAAUCUCCAUGGGAAGCUCCCAAAAUCACUUGUUAAUCUCUUUGCUCUCAUCUCACUUGAUUUAAGUUCAAACAACUUUGAUGGUUCGGUGAUGGGUUUAGAGUUGUUUGGCCACCUUCAAAAUCUCACAUACUUGGAUCUUUCAGGCAUUGAUUUGUCAAUCUCUCACCGAAUUGUUGGUUCUUCUCUUCUAUUUCCAUCUCUCCAUACUUUGAAAUUGCAAUCUUGCAAUCUGAUGGCUAUCCCAUCUUUCUUGAAGCAUAAGAAGAAUAUGGGGCUCCUAGACCUUUCAAACAAUAGAAUUAAUGGGGUUAUACCCAAGUGGAUUUGGGGUAUUGGGCGCUCUUUGAAUUUAUCUUACAACUUAUUUAAUGAUAUUGAGAGGCCUCUUCCUGAUCCUAAAACUAUGAUGAGCAUCAACAGCCUUGAUCUACAUUCUAAUAUGCUUCAAGGACAAAUUCCCCUUCUCCACGCACAAUUUUUGGAUUAUUCAAAUAACUAUUUCACUGGUUCCAUCCCACUUAAUAUAUCUGCAUACCUACUUGGCACUUCUGCUUUUUUUUUGGCCAACAACAAUCUCACCGGAGAAAUCCCCGCAUCAAUUUGUGAUACAUAUCUUCAAAUCCUUGAUCUUUCAAAGAAUAACUUGAGUGGUUCAAUCCAAGGAUGUCUAUUAGAGAGCCUUUCUAAUUUGCAAGCACUUAACCUUAGAGAGAAUCAAUUUCAAGGAAUCCUCCCUCAAAACAUCAACUCAAGUUGCUCACUGGUAACAAUCGAUUUUUACGGAAACAAGUCUCGAAGGAGAAAUACCAAAAUCAUUAUCAAAAUGUGA